CUGAUAAUCAAAACAAAAACUAUAAGUCCUCCGGGAAAAUCGUUUAUUGCAGUAUUAUUUUGAUAUAAUUGAAAAAAAUUAUUAAUUUCCAAAAUGUCCGACUCCGAUUGUGAUUGGUUUGACAAAGAUGACGAAGAACUUUUCAAAGAUGUGCAGAAAACUGUAAAAACCAAACAGCAAGCAAACACCGAAUAUAUAAAGACAACAACAAAUACUUUAGAUGAUUAUAUCAAAGAAUUAACCUUAAAAGCAGCUGCCCACAAUAAGGGUGAUGCCAAGAAGAACAAAAUUAAAAUAACAGAUCUAAGAAAGCUAUCCACAAUUACUCCACUAGAUAUUUUCUUAUACACAACAACUUUGGAAUAUGAUUUCUUUAUGGAUCAGAUUUAUUUAAAUGAUAGUCAGGAGAAAGUUAUACUUUAUACUAGCGUUUUGGCUACAAUUUGUCGUUUAGAAUUGCCAGGUUUUCAUAAGGAUGUAUUAAAGAGUUUUAGUCUCAAUAGCAACCUGCAUGAACAAUUUCGUUUACUGGUGGCCAAACUAAUGUGUAAACGUUUUAAAGAUAUGUGGUUAAAGGAAGAAGAAAUGUUACAGUUUAUAAACAACAUGGAAUUACUGAUAUUACAAUCUUUUAAAUUGUUUAGCAAGGAAGAAAAAGGAAAUUUACUGUUAAAAGAUCUGUUAAACAUUUUAGAACAAACGGAUAAUGUGUCCAUAAAAAAGAAAAAAAUUGUUAUACAAUUAAAGGAAAAUCUGGAACAAGCUUUAAAACAGCGUGAAAAAACUGAAGAUACUUUAGAUAUAUUUCCCACAUUGGAGGAUUUAACAAUAAGCCAAUCACAAUCUCUUAAUAAUGAUCUCGAAAUUAUUAAACAAUACUCUUCACAACAAAGUGUUCAAGAAUAUUUAUCAAAACAUCUUGAGUUUCUUAAACAAGACUUUCUUUUGCCCCUUAAAGAUUGUGUUGAUAUGUUGAAAAACAAACGUAGUACCACCGAAUUACCAGAUAAUUUUUAUGUUUACGAAAAUGUUCUAAUUGUUUUGAAUGAACAAUUUUUGGAUGCUUAUCGCCAUGAAUUAGUAUUUGUUGAUGUUUUGGGUUCACGCAGAAAUAUGGAUACGGAGGAUGUGCAAAUGCCGUAUCAAUUGCAGGAAAAGUUACGUAAAAUCAAAUCAGGAGCUCUUCUAUGCUUUAGCACAAGUUAUAAUUUUGACAACUUAAUAUUGGCCACAGUGACGUACACUAGUCAUGAGUGUAUGAAAGAAGGAUUUAUUGGCAUUGAAAUCGUACGCCAGUACAAUAUAGGCAACAUUUACAAUCGUAAAUUAUUGAUGUUUGAAACACCGGCAUUUUUUGAGCCCUACCACAAUGUUUUCAACUAUUUGAAAAAUUGCACUAUUACCAAUUUCCCCAUGAAAAACUAUAUAGUGGACGGUGAAAAUCCUCAAGACAAAAUACCCUCAUAUUUGAAUGAAAAUACAGUUUACCAAUGUUAUGGACAAACAUUCAAACCUCUAAAGGAAGAACCACCACAAAAUGUUCUAGGAUUAAAUGAUUCACAAUUACAAGCGUUUGGAAAGGCUUUAAAACAAGAAUUUACUCUUAUACAAGGUCCACCCGGUACAGGCAAAACUUAUUUAUCAGUGCAAAUGGUAAAAACUCUCAUAGAAAACGCUGAAACACCUUUGGUUUUAAUAACCUACACCAAUGAAUCAUUGGAUAAAUUUUUAAUCAAGAUAUCGGAGUAUACAGAUAAAAUAGUAAGAUUUGGCAGUCAAUCUAGAGAUCCGGCUAUAGCCAAAUAUAAUAUUAAAGAUGUGGUGGAACAUUCACAAAUCAAUCCUAAAUUAAAGAGACUGUAUUAUUUAAUUAAUAUAGAAUUUAAAACUAAAUUUCAAAAUUUACAAUUAAAACACAAAGAAUUUGAUGGUACAGACGAUACCUACCAAGAGAUUUUAAAGGCCCAGCGUGAAUUGGCCGAAGUUACUGAAAAAUUGCAAACAAUAAGAAUUAUGUUUCAGUACUAUGUGGCUAAGGAAAAGUCUAUAAUUGCCCUGACCACCACUUGUGCAGCCAAAACAAAUUUUCUAUUUCGUUUGCUGAAAAGUAAAAUCGUUAUUUUUGAAGAAGCAGCUGAAAUUUUAGAAUCUCAUGUUGUGGCAUGUUUGACACCCUACACGCAACAUGUUAUAAUGAUUGGUGAUCAUCAACAAUUGCAACCCUAUAGCUCUAGCUAUCAACUUCAACAAUAUGCUCACAUGAAUAUUUCGUUAUUUGAAAGGAUAUUUACCAAACAAUCCGAACCCAUACAAUUGAAAACUCAAUAUCGUAUGCAUCCAAAAAUAGCUGAUCUCUUGUGUAAUACAAUUUAUAAAGAUUUAAAUAGUGAUGACUCGGUUACACAAUAUCCAGCCAUACGUAAAAUGUCAACAAAUCUCUUUUUUAUGACUCACAACAUAAAAGAGGCAAAAACCCAAUAUGAUUCAUCCUUGUAUAAUCCAUAUGAAGUUGAGGAAAUAAUUAAUUUGUCAUUGCAUUUAAUUGAGAAUGCUGAAUACGCUGCAGAGGACAUACACAUAUUGAGUCCUUAUGCCAAACAAGUUGAUUUAAUUAAGAAACAGUUGCAAAAAUAUCCCUCUCUUUACAACUUAAAAGCGUCUACCGUGGACAGUUUCCAAGGCCUGGAAUGUAAUAUAAUAUUGCUUUCAUUAGUGCGCAAUAAUACCAUACCACAAAUUGGUUUUCUAAAGCAAACAAAUCGUAUAUGUGUAGCAUUGUCACGUGCCAAACAUGGCAUGUAUAUCAUUGGAAAUCUGCAGCUGCUAAGUCAAUGUAGCAGUAUAUGGUUGCAAAUUCAAGAGAAAUUAUUACAACAAAAUGCCAUGGGUCCAAAAUUUCCCAUAGAGGCGUAAAACCAAAGAUUUAAGCAUAAACGAUAUUUUUUUUAAAUAUAGCAUAAGUAAUAAAAAAAGUUUCAAUUUAUAAGAGCAUUGAAAAUUAUUUUUUGGUUUGUCUAAAUGCUUUUGUCCUUUUUUUUAUAAAUUUUUGUGUUUGACG